CCGAGUGAACUCGCCCGCGUUACAGUGAUUUCAGUUUCAGUGCGAAGUGUUUUUACGUGUUUUUAAUGAUUUAGGAAUGCGGUGAAACAUGUCAGCGCUAACCCAGUCGUACCACCGCGCGGCCGACGACAAGCCGCUGGAGAUAGACCAGGACUCGAACCCCGAUCCCAGCCGCUCAAACAGCCCCAAGAACAUGAAAUUCUUCGACGACAAGACGGUGCUCAACCAGAAGAAGUCGUUCUGCAUCGACGCGCUGCUGUCGAAGCACAUCGAGCCCGAGUCGGAGCCGCAGCAGAAGUACCUGGCGCUCGUGAACAAGAACUACAUAGCGCGGUACGAGAACUACGACGCGCAGAUAGAGCAAAACACGAUAGAGCGACAGCGGCCAGGCGAGUCCGAGAGCCCGCGCUCCGGCCAGAGCUCGCCGCGGAGUGGCACGCCGGGCUCCGACGACGGGAACCGCUCCGACACCUACAGCCCGCCCAUCUCGCCCGGCGUCGAGGGCGGAGAUGACUACGACAACUAUAGACCAGGCAUCAUCCCCAAGCCCGGGCUGCUCCCGCAGAACCCGGCGCUGGUGGCCGCGCAGUCCGCCGCGCUGUUCAACUACCCGCAGCUCCAGCCGGGCGCCCUGCCCCCGGGCGCUCUGCCCCCCGGAGCCCCGUCCGCCUUCCACCACCCCGGGGACAGGGUGCUACACCAGAUGCAGCUGGAGUGGCUGGCGCGGACCGGCAUGUUCUACCACAGGAUACCGGAGUUAGGAGGCGCGCCGCAUGCGCUGCUGGGCAAGACGCGGCGGCCGCGCACGGCGUUCACCUCGCAGCAGCUGCUGGAGCUGGAGAAGCAGUUCCGCAUGAACAAGUACCUCUCCCGCCCCAAGCGCUUCGAGGUCGCCACCAGCCUCAUGCUCACAGAGACACAGGUAAAAAUAUGGUUCCAAAAUCGCAGAAUGAAAUGGAAGCGCUCCAAAAAGGCUCAGCAGGACACAAAAAGCAAGGACUUAAACCACCCGGGCGAUGAGAAAAACAAACCAAAAGACCUACAGCCGGAGCUCGAAAAACCGCAACAAAUAGCGGCCGAUUUGACAUCUGUCAAACCUCCCCCGCUGCUGGACAGAGAGAGGAUCAUCGCGCUAGAGCGGGAGAGAGCGAUGGCCGCCGCCAAUUUUAAUUCAAAUUUGGAAAACAAUAGACGCGGAUUGGUCGUCAUGAACCAAGAUGGCGCGAGGCCUAUGGACAUGUUUAGGCCGUAUGUAGUAUGAAAAUAAAUAACUUUUUAUUUCUUACAGUUAUUGUAGGGUUAAUGUAGACUGUAUUAAACGUUUCUAGUCAUUGUUUAG